AGCGGCGAUGCUCAGUCGAGUCAGCUCAAUCCAUACGUUCACACGCUCCAUAAUAUUUUGUUGUCAGUGUUGUUACUCGUUAGUUCAAAAAUUAAUAACAAUUAUUGCCUAUUACCAAUAAUUCAUAAUUAUUUAUUUAUUUACAAACUAAAAAAAUUUGUGCUCACAAUUAAACGCGUGGCUGUGCUCCAAUUUGAAUGUAAAAGUGUUUUGACAGCUGACUUAAUUUAAAUAUGUGAUACCAGUGGUUGUGAAUGUUAAUAAACUUGGAGUAAUUUUUUUUUCUUUUUUUUUUUUUUUUUUUUUUUGCAUAAAAUGAAGUUUUAUAUAAAAAUCACUGUCACAAAUAAAAAUUAGAGUACAUACUCAAAAGUAUAAAAUAAUAAAAAAUUUAAACGGAAAUGGCUGACGGGUGUGCUUCUGUGCACGGUAAUUAUGUUAAGUGGGCAGUUAGCAAUUAAGCAAGAAACCGAGCAAGCGCAGCCUCUUAAUUGCUGCGCGGCCAAACGAAUCUUAUUCUUAUUAUAUGUAUAUGUACAUAUAUACAUAUAUAUAUAACAAGUCGUGAUCUUGCACAUGUUCAUUAUUAUAAUAAUAAUAAUAUAGUCAGUCCCCAAUCAACUUUAUUAUCAGAACAAUUUAUAUAAUCUUUGAAUAAUAUAAAUUUAUGGUGAUGGUUGAUGAAUAAAAACUAAUUACUUUAAUUGGAUGGACGUCAUAAGUGAUCGGGUUGACCGCCGGUAGUUUUUAGUGUCGUGAGUUAAUUAAUAAAUUCAGGGAUUUUAUUUUUUAAUUGAACUUGUUAUCAACGGAAGAGCCACGAGUGGAGCAGGUGGCAGAGUGUCACCGUCGGCAAAAUUCUGUCCUCUGGUUACCGCGUGAGUCCCGACGUGGUGGCGACAAAGGGACCGAGAACCAGGAGCCCUGAGGGGUCACCGCACCUCGCGAUGACUGUUCACCACCAGAGUCACCACGUAGCAGCGUUGAAUGGGAUCACGGUCCAGGCCGGGGGUACUGCCGGUGCCGGGUUGAACCUCAGCCGCAUGGCGGGUCUCGAAGCGCACCGGGGUCUCGAGAGCAUCGACAGGCUGUCAAAUGGCAUCGACUCGCGUGCGGACAUCAUCAACAACAACAUUAUAAAUAACAGUAGUCAUAGCAAUAAUCACUCGGCAAUCGAUCGUUCGGGCGAUGCGUCAACGACGAUGCCUCACAGGUCAAGGUUUAUGAUCACCGACAUCCUCGCCGACGCUUCCAGCCCGGCCUCCUUGCAGAGCCAGGAACCACCCGCGAGUCCUCCAGCUGCACCUCGGGAUCUCAGUGUUCGGCAGGUCCGUAAUGUGAACCUCAAGCGGAAAAGAGACGAGGACAGUGACGCCAGUCAUCAUGAUGCCACUUCUGUGUCUUCCAACGGUGUCAAGGAGGAUCAUGAUCAUAAAGAGUCUUCCUCAAGUUCACAAAAUUCACCGCCAAGUAAAAAACAACGUAAAGCCCGCACGGCGUUUACAGACCACCAGCUUCAAACACUCGAAAAAAGUUUCGAGAGGCAAAAGUACCUGAGUGUUCAGGAUCGGAUGGAGUUAGCGGCCAAGUUACAAUUAACGGAUACGCAGGUCAAAACGUGGUACCAAAAUAGAAGAACAAAAUGGAAACGACAGACAAUAGUGAGCUUUGAAAUUCUUGCCGAGGCGAGUAACUACGUAUCCUUCCAAAGUGUGUAUGCCAAUCGUGCUGGUAUGCCAACGCAGCCUUCCUACUGGUAUCCUGGUGCACCAGUCCCGCCACCAAAUGAGCUCUUCUACAGACAAGCAUCAGCAGCAGCUGUCACGCUGCAGAAGCCGAUGCCCCAUCGGUUUUACCCGCCGAUGCAGAUGCUCGCGGGUCCCAGUGCGAACGUCCCCCUGGGAAACUUGGCGGCCAGCUCGAGUCUCUCGAGUCUCAGCAGUUAUUACAACCGCGAAAGCCCGGAGAUGAUGCAGGACCCUCGUGAACGGGAACGGGAACAUCUCGAGCGCGCGGCGAUGCGGGCGAGAAGCAAGAGCUUGGAAAGAAGUCCGCCGCCGAGAGAUGACAGUCCGCAGAGUAACCGCAAUGACAGUGAUGACGAGAGCAUAAAUGACAUCUAGGACUCGGCUGACGUGUUCCCGACUGACAGCGACAGUAAUCCGUGGAGCAGCCAAUGCAGUGAAUUUUAAAUUAAAAUUUUUUAUAAACUUUUAUUAAUGAUGGAGGUAAUUUUUGUUUUGCUGUUGAUGGAUUUUUGGUGAAUCAGAGUUGAGUGCCGGUUUUCGAUGACAACCGGACGGAGGAAACGACAAAUAGUAACGUGAUACCGGGCCAGGGCUUGACAUUUUUAGACAUUCGAGAUUUGCGAGAAAAUAAUGUAUUAUAUUUAUAUAUAUACAUAUAUAAGACAGGAUGUGACGUGCGGUUAACCAACCUACAAGAGAAUAAUGAACUUUGAUGCUGAUUAAUCGAUCCAAUCCCGUUUGUGGUGAAUUUAAAAUGUGUGUUAGAAUUAAUUUGUGUCAACGGUUAAUUCAAUAAUUAUUUAAACAUUAUAAUUAUUAUUAUUACUAUUAAUAUUAUUAAUAUAUAUAAAUAUGUGCAAUUUGCUUUGCCAAACAAAUAUUAUUUUCUCCAUUCCAAUCCGUUCUGUUCUCUGUCACUGUACUCGGACUUUUGUUAUUGAGAAGAGAUCUGAGAUUUAUUGCAGAGAUUUAAUUUUUUAAAUCUCACUGCAACAUAUAAACUCAUUUUUUAUAUUUAAAAUAAUUAUAUUUAAUGCAUUGAACAAAAAAUAUGUAAAUAGACUCGACUGUGAGUUUUUGUCAUUACAAUUAAAUGUUAAAAUAAAAAAAAAAAUAAUAAUGAGGCAAAUUUGCUUCGUUGGAAUGAAUUUAAUUGAAAAAUUAUAAAUUUGUAAAUAAAAUAAUGAAUAAUGUAAGUGUGUAAUGUACGUAAUUAUUAAUGAGUACGGUAUGAAUGCCCUUGGUUGUAAACGUGUGAGAAAUAAUAAGUAAUGAUUUUAAAUAAUUGUAAUACUUCGAUAUAAAUUUUAAGGAAUUUAAAAAAAUAAAUAUAUAUAAAUCUAUAUAUAUAUUUAAAAAUAUUUUUCAGAUUCAAAUAUACAUAUUGAGUGAAAGCUCAUGCGCAUGGCGCACUUUCGGCACUUAUUCUCAAUUUCGCAGAUUGCGAUAUUUUAAAAUUUUAAAACAAACAAAAAAAAAUUACCAGUAUUAUGAGUGUAUAAAAGUAUAGUAGACUAUGGGUAAAGAUGAUUGUGUUUAUAAAAUUGUGCGGCUCAACAUUGCAAUUACACUCGAGUGCAUCGAAUGCACGAGUAAAAAAUAUUAAAAAAGUAAUUAAAUAAAAAUAAAAAUUGUAAAAAAAGUUGGCCGCGCGAUAAAUGUUAAAUCUUGCAGCAAAAAUUAAAAUAAAUAGCGAACUUAUGCUUUGUAUAAUAAUGUCUGUAUAGCAAAAAAAAAUUAUUAUAUGAAAAAA